GAAUUCUGGGUCAACUCCCAUUUUACAAAGAAAUCCUUAUAAAACGCGGCGCGGAGCCGCACUCUCUAAAUCUGCUGCUGCUGCUGAACUCUGGGACAUUUUCUCUGGAAACAAGUGUUAGUGUGAUAUUUCUGAAGGAUGGAGAACCGGUCCUACUUUGUGAAGACGAACGGUACCAGCGGUAACAAGACAACCAGCAUCAAUGCACUAAUCAGUGGUAAGCCCAUGGGCGUAGUCAACGGUAAGAACCACGCCCACGGAGACGGUGUCGGCCACGUCAACCCUUCACCGGCCAAAGCGAUGAAGGGUCGUCGGCUGCGGUGGACGGUGAAGCCCUCAGAGAUGUCCAUCAACACGGUGAACCCCAUCAGGUCCAUCGUGGACGAGAUGAAGCUGACGCCACAUCCUGACAAGCCCAUGAUCGCACUCUCUAUAGGAGACCCCACCGUGUUUGGGAACCUGCCCACGGACGACGCCGUGCUCCAGGCCAUGAAAGACGCCAUCGACUCGCACAAAUACAACGGCUACGCUCCGUCCGUUGGUUACGCAACCAGCCGACAGGCAGUUGCCAACUUCUACAGUUGCCCUAAGGCGCCACUAGAGGCAGAGGACGUGAUCCUGACCAGCGGCUGCAGUCAUGCCAUUGACCUGGUGAUCAGUGUCCUGUGUAACGCAGGGGACAACAUCCUGGUCCCACGGCCGGGGUUCUCCUUAUAUAAGACCCUGGCCGUGUCCAUGGGCAUCAAGGUCAAAUUCUACGACCUGCUGCCUGAGAAGGAGUGGGAAGUGGACCUGAAGCACAUGGAGAGUCUGAUCGACGACAGAACUUCCUGUCUGGUCGUCACCAACCCCUCCAACCCGUGUGGCUCCGUCUACAGCAAAGAACACCUGCAGAAGAUCCUCAGAGUGGCCUCCAGACACUGUGUUCCAAUCCUGGCUGAUGAAAUCUACAGUGACAUGGUCUUACCUGGCUGUGAGUGUCCCUCCAUGGCCUCUCUCAGCAGCGACGUCCCCAUCCUGUCCUGUGGGGGUUUGGCCAAACGCUGGCUGGUUCCUGGUUGGAGGAUGGGAUGGGUUCUGAUCCACGACAGGAACGAUGUGUUUGGACCUGCAAUCCGACAGGGACUGGUCAAACUGAGCCAGAGGAUUCUGGGAGGCUGCAGUAUUGUGCAGGGAGCACUAGAGGGCAUCUUCAACAACACACCUCAGAGCUUCUAUGACAACACCAUCAGCUUACUGAAGACCAACGCAGAGAUCUGUUACAGUGGCCUGUCCAUUGUCCCAGGACUGAGACCCGUCAGAACCUCAGGAGCCAUGUACCUCAUGGUGGGCAUCAACAUGGAUCACUUUCCAGAUUUCCAGAAUGACGUGGACUUCACUGAGCGGAUGGUCACUGAGCAGUCCGUCUUCUGUCUGCCCACCUCGGCCUUCGAGUAUCCCAACUUCUUCCGGAUCGUGUUGACAGUUCCAGAGGAGAUGAUGGUGGAGGCGUGUUCUCGGAUCAGGGAGUUCUGUGAGGGCCACUAUCAGCCACUGGGGCUCGACGGCAACGACCUGGACCAGUGAAGGUGGCGCUCUACAGGAGAAACUAAAAAACACAUUAUUUAUAUUUUAUAUAAACCAUGUGUAUGAACCUAUUAUGUAUUUAUAUAAUUGGUGUAGCAUUUUGUCAUCUGACCUGAGCAGCCAAUCAGAUGCUGCCGUCUCAACAUUAGUCUUUAAUUACCUAAAAUUAGUGACCUGACUGUAAAGAUCAAUAAUCUCCUUUUGAAGUAACUGAAGUUUAUUUUGUUUGUUAAUUGAUAAAAAAAAACAUGUAAACAUGUGUUUGUCGUAGUUUAUAGUCAGACCAUAAAUAAAGGGUUUUUUUCAAAAUG